AUGGAUAAUAGCGUGGAGAAGACAAGAAUGAAGUUCGAAGGAGAUUCCUUGUCUGGUGCUGUGGAGGAGAUGUCUGUUGAUUGGAGAGGCAGACCCUGCAAGCAUAAGCAUGGUGGAAUGGCUGCUGCUGUUUUUGUUCUUGGGCUUCAAGCUUUUGAGAUGAUGGGAAUUGCUGCUGUUGGGAACAAUCUCAUCACGUAUGUGUUCAAUGACAUGAACUUUCCUUUGUCAAAGUCUGCCAACAUAGUCACGAACUUUGUAGGAACUGUCUUCCUCCUAUCCCUCCUUGGUGGGUUCCUCUCGGAUUCUUACCUUGGGAGCUUUUGGACAAUGUUGAUCUUUGGGUUUGUGGAGCUCUCUGGUUUUAUAUUAUUGUCCGUUCAGGCCCAUCUCCCGCAGUUGAGGCCACCUAGCUGCAACAUGAUAUCUGAUGGAGUUGAAUGUGUGGAAGCCAAGGGAUACAAGGCUUUGAUAUUCUUUUUGGCACUCUACUUGGUGGCUCUUGGCAGUGGAUGUCUAAAACCAAACAUAAUUUCUCAUGGGGCAGACCAAUUCAAGAAGGAAGACCCCAAGCAAUCCAAGAAGCUCUCCACCUACUUCAAUGUAGCUUAUUUUGCUUUUUGCAUGGGAGAGUUUAUUGCCCUAACCGUUCUUGUUUGGGUCCAAACCCACUCAGGGAUGGAUGUUGGUUUUGGAGUCUCUGCUGCUGCCAUGGCUGUAGGAUUGAUUUGCUUGAUUUCAGGUUCAUUUUCUUACAGGAACAAGCCUCCUAAAGGAAGUAUAUUCACUCCAAUUGCUAAGGUUUUUGUUGCUGCAAUUACAAAAAGAAAGCAAAUUUGUCCCUCAAAUGCACAGAUGCUUCAUGGAUGCCACAACAAUGUGCCAAGCCACGUCCCAGCUACGUCACCUGACGUCACCAAGUUGCUUCGUGCUGAAAAGUUCAGGUUCCUGGAUAAGGUCUGCAUCAAAAUCCAAGAUGCAAGUCAGGCAAGUGAGAGUCGGUGGAGAUUAUGCACGGUGGCUCAAAUGGAGCAAGUGAGGAUACUCGUUUCAGUCAUUCCUAUAUUUGCCUGCACUAUCAUUUUCAACACUAUUUUAGCACAGCUACAGACUUUCUCAGUUCAACAAGGAAGUUCUAUGAACACUCGGAUCACAAAAAGCUUCAAAAUCCCUCCAGCUUCACUUCAAUCCAUCCCUUACAUCAUGCUUAUCUUUGUUGUCCCGCUCUAUGAAACUGUCUUUGUACCGUUUGCUCGAAGAAUCACUGGAAAAGACUGUGGAAUUACUCCUCUACAAAGGGUUGGAAUCGGACUUUUUAUUGCAACAUUUUCCAUGGUUUCAGCUGCGUUAAUUGAAAGGAAGAGAAGAACCUCAGCUCUGGAUUAUCAGGAAACGUUGUCCAUAUUUUGGAUUGCUCCCCAAUUUCUCAUCUUUGGUCUCUCAGAGAUGUUCACUGCAGUAGGUCUUAUAGAGUUCUUCUACAAACAAUCCUUGGAAGGGAUGCAGUCCUUUCUAACUGCCAUGACAUAUUGCUCAUACUCAUUUGGCUUCUACCUGAGUUCCCUCCUUGUUUCUCUAGUGAACAAAAUUACCUCAAGCUCUUCAAAUGGUGGCUGGCUUAGCGACAAUGACCUAAACAAAAACAAGUUAGACCUUUUCUAUUGGUUACUAGCUGCCCUAAGUCUCAUCAACUUCUUUAAUUAUCUUUUUUGGUCAAGAUGGUAUUCUUAUAAUCCAUCUCUAUCACCUACUGCACCCCAUGAUCACUCUCUUAGACAAGACAUAGAGAGCCAAAACUUCAACUCUUCUAAGCAUGUUGGACCUGAAAAUAAUAUAUCUUGA